CCACAAAUAAGUUGUGUAUUGUUCUGGUUAUAAUUCUUCCUUCUUUGUGAUAAUAAAUUCUUUUUCGUUCUUCCACCAUGUCUGCACAAAACGAUCUUCACAUAACAGUUCCUGAGCCUGAGGACAAAUUUGAGCAGAAACAUGGCGAAAUGUCUGUAGAAGAAGACUGUGAUUACUCACAAAGGGGACAGUGGCUGCGUGCUGCUGUUUUGGGAGCCACUGAUGGUUUAGUCUCUGUUGCGUCUCUGAUGAUGGGUGUUGGAGCUGUGAAAGAAGAUGUGAGAGCCAUGAUCCUUACAGGCUUUGCUGGCUUAGUUGCAGGUGCAUGCAGUAUGGCAAUAGGUGAAUUUGUUUCAGUGAGCUCCCAACGAGAUAUAGAGGUGGCUCAGAUGAAAAGAGAUAAGAGAAUUUCAGUAAAUGAGGAGGAAAGUGAGAAGGAAGCACUCCCGAAUCCCAUUCAGGCAGCUGCAGCAUCGGCCCUUGCAUUCAUGUUGGGGGCCAUCAUGCCCUUACUGGCUGCUGCUUUCAUAAUGGACCAUAAAGUUAGGCUGGGGGUGGUGGUAGCCACAGUGAGCUUGGGGCUUGUGGUUUUUGGGUGGAUUGGAGCUUUUCUAGGGAGGAGUCCGGUGGUGAAGCCUUGUUUUAGGAUUCUGGUUGGAGGGUGGAUGGCUAUGGCCAUUACUUUUGGACUUACCAAGUGGAUAGGCUCUAGUACUGGCUUGUAGUGUUACAGUAGCAUAUAGUAUUUUUUUCCUCCCUCUUUCUAAUAUACUAUAGUUUUGAUUGAAACAUGAACUUGGUGUGUAUUUGAAUUCCCUCCAAGUGGUUAUUACUGAUUUGAGGUAUUCUCUUUAAGUAAAGCAGAAACAGUUGUCUCUUGUCUCCUCCAAAUCCACAAAUCUGUUUUGAUUCAGUUUGUAGCAAGCGAGCUUACAUAGCAAAGGUAUAUAUGAACAAAUUGUCAAUUCUACUUCU